GCCAGGGUGAAGUUGCUUGGGUCGAGCAUCGAGUGCAUCGAGGUUCGGCCGGAAGCGCUGGAGGCGGAGUGGGUGAUGGGGGGUGGGGGUGCGGGCGCGGCGGAGGGCGGGGGUGGAGGAGCCGGGGCUGGUGCUGGUGGGCUCGGGGCUGCUGAGCGGGGCGGCGCGGCCGCGGGCGGAGGUGGAGGUGGUGGUGGUGGCGGCGCCGCUGCUGGGGGUGCUGCGACGCUGGACGCAGCGCGGAUGGCCGCCUGUGCUGCGAUGCUUUGCGAUAUGCUGCUCGUUGCUGCUGCCGGCGGGGGUGGUGGUGGUGGCGGUUGCGAACGUGCUGGGGCUGGCGGCGGCCGCGGGGCAGCCGAGGGUGGUGGCGGAGGAGGAGCCGGCGGAGGCGAUAGAGCGGCUGAUGAUGGCGCCGGAGGCGCGACAGUAGGCGGUGGUGGAGCUGGCGCGCCAGGGAGGGGAGGCGGCGCUGAAUGGACGGUAGAGGACGGUUUCCUAGAGCCGGGUGGUGGCGGCGGCGGCUUCUUGCCGACCGGAGGCGGUGGACCCUUUUUCGGGAGAUGCAAGCUCGGCGCGCUGGACGUGGCUGGGUUGGACGGUCUGCCGGGAACUGGCGGAGCGGCUGCUGCCGGGGGCCGUGGUGCAGCUCGCGGUAGUGCCUCCGAAUCCGAUAGGUACGAAGAGUCUUGACUUGCUAAGA